AUGGAUAGUCCAAUGGAAAAAUUUAUUCAAAUUUAUUUAACUUUAAUUCGUGAUAAUGAUGAAAGUGUUGAAACAAGCAAACUUAGUGAAAGUUGUAGAAGAGAAAAACUUGAUAUGAAACAAGUGAAUGACUGGAUUGCACUUUUUGAUGUAGACAAAGAUCAGAAAAUCACAUUUGAAGAAUUUUGUCGAGGAUUAGGAUUGAAACAGAAUGAAAUGCGCAUUGAACGAAACCACAUUAAAACUGUACAAUCAGGUAGAGAACCAGACUUGCCAGAAGGAGUAAAAAUUAUCUCUUCAACAAUGCCGAAACCAAAACAAGUUGAAGUAACACAAUUAUAUAAAGAUAUAUUUGAUGGAGUUAAAAAAGAUCCUGAUAUGAAUAAAGUUGUAAAAACAUUCAAAAGUGAAUUAGAAAGACGUUAUGGACGUGUAUGGCAAGUCAAUGCUGUGACUCACUCAUACUGGGCAAGUUUCUCACAUGAACCAUUCCAAUCAAUUCAAUUCCAAUAUGAAAAUAAGAUCGUUCUUGCUUGGCGUACACCAAGUAACUAAAAAAAAGGAAUAGAAGGUUGAAGUAUGACCCAGUAACCAGGGAAUGACAUUCUGUUUAGAAACAAAACCGAUAUUAAACAAUUCCGAAGUUAUUAAUUCUAUUAAUAUCAUGAAUAAAAUAUUUGUCUUUCCCUUUUUUAUCUUUCAAAAAAUUUAAUGUUCUUCCAAAUAUCUGAACAAACUACUCUCUAGUAAUAAUUAUUAUGAAAAUAUUUUAAGAAGUAUAAAUUUAG